AUGUCGAAACUAGUCGAUUACUCCAACAAACUCACCAAAAUCUACACGAAUUUGCACAAACCUGCGUUAAAAGAGCUUUCUGGUGUUCUGGAGCGCGGUUUGAAGAAGAACUUCGCUGUGGCCAAGGUUGAGGUCACUAAAUGUCCUGGUAAGGCUUUUUUAAAUGCUUUAUUUUGAAUAUUUUUUAAUAGUUUUGAGCUUUGAAAUGUCAGUUGUUUGAUUAGCCUAACAAUGGCUCAAGUUUUGAUCAAUACGUGCUAUUAUGUGUGCUACAAAAGUUUUGUCGUUGAUUUGCACGCUUUUGCACGUUAAAAAACGACAAGACUUUUUGUGUUACUUAAAAAUGUUUGAAAUUGCAAUAUUUACAUUGUAGACCUUUCAAUACCUCGCAAUAGUUACAUAGUAGACAUAUUAGGAUGUUCAAUUAAUUCUGAGCUACCUUUUAAAGCAACUUUUUGGGGUUAGGGACACAGAAUUAUUUGAACCACCUAAAUUAAUAUCGUAUUUACCUUAAAUUAUAAAAGUGUUUUUAGAUCUAACAGCCCCUCCAUACAACAUGGUAGGCCAUGGCAUAGCUCCUUAGAAUUGUCGACUGUGGAAGUCAUGACAACUUUUUCCCCGUCUUCAAGCGUCACAAGCAGUUCAAUAUCAAGGUUAGUAACACGAACAAUUUUAUGUUUUUAUUUUUGUUUUUCAAUUUUAAUCACAAAUUACUUUAGACUUUGGCGAAGAACGCGGACCUUCCGAAUGGCUGGGUGUUUGGACCAGGCGCUGGUCCCAGAGAAUCGCUGGGCAAAAACUGCGAACUUGUGGCCAAUGUCAACUUCAAAACAAAUCAAGUAGGUAAUGGUAAAGCUAAAGGCAAAUGAUUUAUGGCUUUUAUUUUAAAAUAUGUGGUUUUUCAAGUAAUUCUGUCCCUAUAACCUCGAAAAUGCGCUUUGAAAAGGGGCACAGAAUUAUUUUAACAAUUCAAUACGUAGAAUUGCCGUUUUGAAAUAUUUUUUAAAUUAUUUAGGUCAUAUUCUUGUCUAAGUUAUCAUAUAACCUUUGAACAGAUAUGUAAAAAUAUCACAUUUUAGGUUAGUAUAUUGUAACUUUACAAAAUAUGGCCUUUUGUUAUCUUAAUAUACCAAUAUUUGUUUGUAGAUCAACUGCCACCACGGUUUGAUUGCUGAAGAUGAGAAGAGUCAUGUUGCUGGUACUCAUACCGACCUUUGUCUUCAGAUGUUUGCCAAUUUGGCCAUGUGCUCUGAUGAACCGGCUCAGGAUGUUUGUAAGUCUAUGAAGAAGCUAUAUACUAUUAAGUUGUUAUAGGUAACACUAUGUUAUGAGAAUAUUAUAAUUAUUUUCUUUUUUAUAUUAGGUUAUUCAAAUAAUUCUGUGCUCUCACUAAAAACACAUUUCCGGGAUAGGGGCACAGAAUUAUUUAAACAGGUAAUUUUGAAAAUUUCAGUGAGAAUCCAGGCCAAGAAGCGUUUGUCGAAGGAAGAAGGCAGUUUCACCGAGAUCAUUCAAGGUAUUCUGGCCGAAAACUACUCUGACGAUCGUAUGUUGUGCAUGGCCGGCAUCUGGCAGUUUGUCAAGGGACGCGGCCGCUUCCAUGUGGUACCAGAUUACCCAGAGAAAGAGUUUGAGAGCUUUACUCAGGUAUGGCAGGGUAAAAUACGACGUGUUCUGCAAUUGCAAUUUAUAUUAUCAUAGUGUACAUUACUGUUUUUACUCAGUUUUAAAUUUUUUAAUAUAAAAUUAUUUAAAAUUUCGAAAAAAAUUAAAAAUAUAAUUUUAGAUCUUCGAAGAAUGGCUCCACUACUUUGAAUUCUCCGCUCCAAUGACCAUGACUACUGUAAUCCACAGCUCUGUGUUGGAUAUGAAUGUACCGGUUGAACACACUCAUGGCUUUACUGGUCGCGGACAUUGUGGUCAUUACCACGGUGAUGUGACUCCGGAUGAAGCCGAAUACGAUGGAUACUUCAUGCCGGCUUCCAAGUUGUACAAAUUUGACUAA